GAAGUGGCUCUGGGUGACACCCUCCUGGAACCACUACGAGAACUUCAGCGUCCUUAUGGCGCAGGUGUCUUGGGUGCUCUUCACGGUGGCGAUGGUGAUUGCUUGGACCUGCCGUCGGAGGAUGUACAGGCUCUUCUACCUCGGCCACCAUCUUGCUCUGCUUUUC